AUGUUCAGCAAACUAAUUUUAUGGUUUAAGGAUCUCAGAAUGAGUAACUAAAUAAUAAUCAUCAACUUUUUUAUAAUAAUAUUUGCUGUAUUCCUGGUAUUAGUAACAGCACAUAUAUAAUAAGCAAUAUUUUUCACAUACAUUUAAGAAGUACAACAAGCAUUAUCUUUAAAAUAAGAGAAAAGUAUUGUAAACAAUAUCUCUAAAGAAUUACGUCUUUAUAUUCAAUAGAAAAAUUAUCAAAGUACUCAUUACAUCAAAUAUAAUUAGCAAUUUUAAAUCUAUGGCAUUCAUAAUAAAUGGUUUAUUAAUUUAUAUAGAAAUAAGCCUAGUACUAAAUCAAAGUGAAUUAAUUUUAAGAUUGUAUUGAAUAGGAGGAGAUUAGAGAGGAUAAUAUAAUCUAUAAUUCAGAUAUUAUUUGUUAAGGAUUAUUCACAAAAUAAUAUGAUAAUCAAGCAAUUUUACUAAACAAAACGCUUUCAUUAUUAUCUCCUUUCUCAUAAAUAUUUUUAGGCGAUGAAUAAAAUAAGAUAUCAUUUAUUGAUGUACCAAAUAAUUAAAUAUUCGCAUAAUAUCCAAGGAUGUAUAAAUACAAAGAUUACAUUCCAAAUACAAGACCAUGGUAAUAUUGAAUAAUAUUAUAGGUACAAGAAUCAUAUUGAUCAAUAUGAGAUUAAUCCAAAUUAAUAAUAUUAUUAUUCUCCUAUUUAUACAUCAGUUCGAAGUUUUAUGCCAUAUUUUUCAUUGACAUAUUCUUUGAUUAUUAAUUAAACAUUAUUUGGAAUAACAUCAUAACUCUAAGAAAUUUAUGAUAAAAAAAUCUAAAGUAUACCAAUGAGUAUAUUUUUGGUCAAUUAAAAUGGAGAUAUUAUUUUGACAACUAUGCCAUCUAUAUCCUAAACCAAUCUCCUUAUUACAAUAAUUAAUGAAACAUAUACAGGUUUUAAUUAGACCGAUUGGGACUUUAUAAAAAAGAAUUCCAACUAGAAAAUCUCACAAGAAACUGCUUUCUAUCUUGAAAAUAAAAUAUUCAAUAAAACUGUUUUUGUUAAUGCUUUUAACUUUGAAAAGGAAAACCUAACUUUGAUUGUGUAAGAUGAUUAAAGUAUUUUUAAGUUUCAAAAAUGUGAGUUAUGAACUA